AUGUCGGACUCAGAAUCAAGCUCAGCUAUAUUAUUGGGAUGUUCAGUAGCAGUUAUAUCUUCCGCGAUUCAAUCACUAGGAGUCACAUUACAAAGAAGAUCACAUUUAUUACAUUUACAACUACCGUCAACUUCACAUUCAACUUCAACAGAAUGUACAUUUUUGAAUCAUAACGCGAGUAAUCAAAACUCUCAUCAUCAACAUCAAAAAUAUAGAAGAAAUAUGUGGUAUAUAGGAUUUUCAAUGUUUAUAAUUGCAAAUGUUUUAGGAUCAGUGAUACAAAUUUCAACUUUACCAUUAAUUAUAUUAUCACCAUUACAAAGUAUUGGAUUAAUAUUUAAUUCAAUUUUCAGUUGUUUACUACUACCUGGUGAUCAUUUCACCAAGAAGUUAUGGAUUGGUACAGGAGUUAUAGCUGUUGGAGCUUUUACAAUUGCAUAUAAUGGAUCCAUACCACCUUCGUUAAAUGAUGAACCUAUUCAUAAUAUUGAUAAAAAAUUCAAGAUAAUAAGUAAUAAAUUAUUAGAUCCUUCUUUUUUGAUUUGGUUUAUUGGAACUUUUGUAUUAAUGGCAAUGCUUUUAAUCAUUAAUAAGACUUAUUUGGAUAAAAAAAUCAAAGAAAAUCAACAACAUAGGCAAAGGUUUUCAAUAAGAAAUGGUGCAAAUGAUGUAUUGAUCAUAAAGUUCAACAAAUAUCAAUUCUGGAAAGGUAUAAAUUAUGGUAUAGUAAGUGGUACUUUAACAGCUCAUACAUUUUUAUUUGCAAAAUCUAUAAUUGAUGUAAUUAUUGAAACAAUAAUAAAAGAUGGUAUCAAAAAUAUUUUUAAAAUAACUAAUUUUGCACCGUAUUUAUUGGUCAUUAUAAUGUUGGGAAUUGUUGGACUACAGUUAACUGCUUUUAAUUUAGGUUUAGCACAAAUUACAACUGCAAUAUUAUAUCCAUUAUGUUUUUUGGUUUACAAUUUGAUGAAUUUGAUCAAUGAUUUAAGUUUUAAUAAAUUGUUGGUUGAACAUAAAAUGACUUAUUUCCAAUUCACAUGGAUUAUUAUAGGUUUGACUGGUGUUUUAGUUGGUGUAUUAAUUUUAAGUUGGGAUAGUGCAUUCCAACCAGGAAAUGAAUCAAAUUCAAAUGAUGAAGAUGGAACAUUAGGCUACACUGAUUUAUUAAGCUUAAAAAAUAGUUACGAUAACAAAUCAUAUCAUUCAGUAGAACUGACAGCAUUAAUUGAGAAUUCUUCCUCGAAUAACUCAUAUGACACAAUCCCCAAUAUUAAUGAAGAUGAACAUUUAAUAGAUUUAAAUGAUAAUCAAAAUAAUGAUAAUGAAAUAAAUGAAGAUGAAGAUACUAAUGACCUUAUAAAUUUAUCAAUUGUAUCUGAGCAAAGUCAAAAAAGUAAAAAUUCAAAGCGUCCUAGACUGCUUACAUAUGAACAAUUACAAUUAUUAAGUCAAUUACAACAAUAA